AUGUUGCCCUCACAGCGUGCUGAUGGAUUGCGUGCUGGCAAAACCAAGCGGUCACCAAGCCCUUCGCCGCCACCUGGGAGUAGAUCUUCAGAAAAUAGUCCAAGCCAUAAAACUGAACAAGCAGAGAAGGGGGAUAAUGAGUCACCAUUCAUAAGCCAUGGACCUGUCCUACCUGACGAGAAUCGAGCAGCUGCCAGCAGCGAACCCCAAAAUACGGUCUCUGGAGGGACAAGAGCCCCUGAGACAAUACCUUCAACGACCGUCACUUGUGGUCCGCGUCCACAGCUGCAACCCAUUGGCACUCAGGCAUGGACUUGGAUACAAACCAGCCAUCAGCCUGCCGGAGACAAUGAUGCAUACCCAGAUUCGACAAUUCCAGCAUACUACCGUGCUCCUCAUCGGGGUCCACGCAGGAUCAGGAGCGGCCAGAGUAGCAGGCCGGGUGUUGACUUCAUUGUCCGUCGAGAGCCGCUUGAUCCAGUCAGCUCCACUGUGGGUCCCUCCAAUGGCCGAUAG